GUUGGGGGUAUAUUUUCGCGUGAGCCGAGGACCGAUGACGCAGUGUUAGACGGGCCGGGAGGGGAGAAACACGUCUGUACAAGGUGCUCCGUCCGUGUAUUGGUGGUGCAGCAGUAGUAGCAGUAAAACAGUCAUGCGCUGGUUCUUGGUGGUGGUGGUAUGGGCGGUGGUGGUAUGGGCGCGACCACAACAUAAGCCAAGGUUGGAUUCAUACACAGACGAUGAUGAGGUGGUUGGAGUCCGUAAUGGCAGGUCGCUAGUGUCCUCUUACCUAGGAAUGGGGAGGAGGAAGAGUACUGGCAAACUCUCCUCCACUACCAAAUUCACGUCACCUCUUCCUUUCACCACGACACUUCAGCCCAUCCCACAGGAGUCCCCCACUAUCCCAGCUGAUGACCUUCCUAGACAGGAUGGGGUCGUAGACAAGCCUCCCGUCAAGGGCUCAGUCGAGGCUCCUCAAACUGUUGCUGAGGAUCAUGAACAGGAAACCUCAGCUGAAGAAGGGUCUCCAACCCAGAAUGAUUCUCCAACGACGGAUGAGUCUCCAACCCAGGAUGAUUCUCCAACGACGGAUGAGUCUCCAACCCAGGAUGAUUCUCCAGCAAUGGAUGAAUCUCCAUCCCACGAUGCUUCUCCGGCGAUGGAUGAAUCUCCAACCCACGAUGCUUCUCCGGCGAUGGAUAAUUCUCCAACCCACGAUGCUUCUCCAGCGAUGGAUGAAUCUCCAACCCACGAUGCUUCUCCAGCAAUGGAUGAACCUCCAACCCACGAUGCUUCUACAGGGAUGGAUAAUUCUCCAACCCACGAUGCUUCUCCGGCGAUGAAUGAUUCUCCAACCCACGAUGAUUCUCCAACCCACGAUUCUCCAGUGAUGGAUGAUUCUCCAACCCACGAUGAUUCUUCAGCGAUGGAUGAUUCUCCAACCCACGAUGAUUCUCCAGUAAAGGAGACUGAACCUCACGUCCAGGAAGGACCUCAAACCAAAGGUGAUACAAACGACAAAGGAUCUCCGCCAGUCCAGGAAGCGUCCCCGGAGAGAGAGGAGGAAGCUUCGACUCAGAGAGAACUUCUAGAGUCUAAUGAGACAAAGUCAAGUGGAGGACUUCCAACCCAGGAUGAAACUUCAGGCGAAGAGGACGCUGAACCCGGUGUCGAAACUGAUGAAGCCCAAGUCAAGAAGAUGGCGGGAAGAGAACUCGAGACUCUGAAGAGUGAGGAUGACGCGGCUCCAGUGAUUGGCGAGGACGUGGUGGACACCGUAGCUGAAGUCUCUGCCAAUUUCAAGGUGAUGCCGAUCGGUGCCGAAGAAACACCUGAGACGGACAACGAACCUGCACAGAAGACGAAAACCAAACCGGAGGAUGACUCACCAAAAGUUGAUUCUGAAUCCGUACCAGAGGCCAAGGAAGAGUCACCUGCAGACGAAGAACCAGAGGAAGGUGAAGAGGAGACAAGUUCAGAACCAAUAGUGGAAAAGAACUUGGAGGCUGAGGCAGAACCAGUAGGUCAAAUUGAAGGGAAACAAGAGAGUGAUUACGACGCGACAUCAGGAGGUGGAGUCCUGUCUGAACUCGUAAUGGUAGACCAGUCUGAGAAAGAAUCGGUAGUCGAAAAAGAAACUAAAGCUGAAUUUGAAUCAAACGCUGAAGCUGAACCUCAUGCUGAACCUGAAGCUGAACCUCAUGCUGAACCUGAAGCUGAACCUCAUGCUGAACCUGAAGCUGAACCUCAUGCUGAACCUCAUGCUGAACCUGAAGCUGAAUCUCAUGCUGAACCUGAAGCUGAACCUCAUGCAGAACCUGAAGUUGAACCUCAUGCUGAACCUGAAAUCGAAUCUCAUGCUGAACCUGAAGCUGAACCUCAUGCAGAACCUGAAGCUGAACCUCAUGCAGAACCUGAAGCUGAACCUCAUGCUGAACCUGAAACCGAAUCUCAUGCUGAACCUGAAUCUCAUACAGAACCUGAAGCUGAACCUCAUGCAGAACCUGAAGCUGAACCUCAUGCUGAACCUGAAACCGAAUCUCAUACAGAAUCUGAAGUCGAACCCGAAGAUAAUUCUGAGCCAGAACCAGAAACUCAUUCAGAACUUGGGGUAGAACCGGAAGCCGAACCAGGAACCAAUACUGAGACAAAUCCUGAAGUAGAGGGCGAAGAGAAAGUUGAGAGAGAAUCUGAAGCCGAACCUCAUGUACAACCCGAAGAGGAAGGUGAAGCCAAAGCAGAGCCUGAAACCGACCAUGAAUCACAGCCUGAAACAGCUCUCGAGUCAGAACCCGAAGACGAAGUAGUGACAGAACCUGUACACGAGGCUGAAGGAGGAGUUGAAAACGAAAGUAAGCCGGAGAGCGGAGCUGUUGAAGAUGUUGAACAACACGAAGGUGACGAGGCCUCAUCUGAUGGCGAGACAGACCAGAUAACAAGCGAGAGUGAGCACGUCAAGGUGAGUGUCGACCCCGGCAUGCUUCGAAGCGUAGACAUGGACGACACCGACGUAGACGACAUUAACAACAUACAAGCUAUUUUGGACAUGGAGAAGGAAUACAACGAAACAGUGGAGGGGGAAGAAGACUCACACCAGAACCCGCCUGUCACAGACACUCCCCCGGAGAAUUUCCGAGAUGUUUUUAAUGAUAUAAUCUUCUUGAGAAGUAGCAGUACCCCACCUGAAGGAGGGGACAACGACUCACCAGUGCCUGAGUCACCAGAGACGAAUGGCAACCCCGGAAAGGACUCAGUCCAUACCACUCAUGAUCACAAAUUCCCCGACGUUGAGUCAGAACCUUGUGAUUGUCAAGAAUCAGGUGAAAUAAAAGCAGCUCUUGAGAAGCUCGGUGCCAUAAAUGAAGACUCAUCCAAGGAGAAUUCUGACGAUGGUGAUUUACACGAACAAAAACCUGACGACAACGAGAACGAUUCAAGCCACGAAGAUAAUCAAGACAUGUCCUAUAAUUCAGGAAAAUCAUUUGCAUCAGGUUCCAGCAAGCGAACAGUAAGUGAAUAUACCCAACCUGAGGUGGAAGUUAAAGACAAAAAUUCCUCUGAAGAAGAAGGCAGCGAGGACACACAACAGGAAGUGCACGAUGAUGAAGAACCUGUGUUGACAAUCGGCGAUGAUAACGAGAUGACGAGGGAAGGUAAACAAGAUGAAGAAACGACAACUGACAAGAAAGAGCUGGUGGUUGUAGCUACACCAGGAGAACAGAACGUCGACGAUGACGUAAAUGUAAAACCUACAGAAGGUAACGAUGCUCAUGAAGAUAAUGGUGAUGAUGAUAGUGAUGAUGAUGAUGAUGAUGACUCGGGAGUGGCAGAACAUUCGAAUAUGAACAUGAGUGAAGGAAAAAAAGAGACAAAUGUUGAAGAACCGUUGAUGGAUGAAGGUCAUAGUGAUAGUGAAGUUGAUGGAGGUUCCUCUGAGGAGGUCGCUGAGAAUACAGAAGCUGAGCAUGACUCUGAGGCUUCAGAACCCAAAGAGGACCAGGCCACUCACGAAGCUCUGAAGUCACAGGCUAAUAAUGAAGGAAAUUCAGGAGAGGAACUGACACCGAAGACUCAGUUGCUCACCAGUGUUCACUCACAAGAAACGGCGACAGAUGAAUCACACCAAAAUACUAAUCAUAACUCUGACGAAGACCCACCUGUUGGUACCACUACAGCUGAGGACCGAGAGUACGAACUACAAUCCGAAGCCGAACCUGAAACUGAAUCUGAACCAGCUGACGUAGAAUCCCAGGAUGUCUCUGAUUUUGAGGAUCAGGAAGAUUCAGAACAUGAGAUGGAUGAUGACAAUGAAACACAUUCUGACUCGGAUGAUUCUGAACAGCCCAUGGAACAGGAAAAGACCACUGAGACGCCGGAUUCUGAAGCCAAUCCUUCCCCUGGACCUUACACAGUCUCUGAGAACGUCGAACAUGAAUCUAACCUGGAAAUUAGAGCAACACACGAGUCUGAACCAAUACAACACAACCCAGAGACGCCGAAUGUUGAGGUUCACGAAGCCGAAGUCGAACAUGGCAGCGGCGAAACUUCAGAAGAAUUUGAAGCUGAGUCUGAUAGAGCGUUAGCUGAUGAUCACGACGCAGAUAAUCCGGGUUUCGAAAUGGAUGCUGAAGUCACUCUGAUUGAGGGUCUUGAUCCCAAUGCACCAAAGAAAGAGGAAAUUACCGUCAGGAAAUCUUCAGCACCCAAAUCCUCUGAAUCGUUUGAUGAGAAAAAUGAACCCGAAGGUGAAACCGAAACCAAACCACAAUCCGACCCUGAAUCAGAAAUAAAGUUGGGAAAUGGAGAAGAGGGGGAGGAGAAGGAGGAGGAAGAGGAUGAGGAUAAAAAGAACGAACCAAAAUCAGAAUUAGAGUCUGAACCAAAAACAGAACUUCGGAUGAAUGAUGAAGCCAACUCAGGUCACGAAGCCAAUGCAGAGCCGGAAUUUAAAUAUGAGACCGAGUCUAAACCCGAUGGCAAAUCAGGGUCUGAACCCGAAACUGAAUCAGAAUCCGAAACUGAAACUGAACCACCGAAGUCUGAUGCCGAUGCCGAACAAGAGUCUAACCCUGAAAUAGAACCAGAAUCAGAACCAAAAUCCAAACCCGAAGGUCAACUACAAAUUGAAUCUGACACGAAACGGCGAAAGUGUGACAAUAAGACCAGGAAAGCAGUCAUGAAGCCUAAGACUGAGCAUAAGAUGGAACGAAGACCUCAAGCUGAAGACCAAUCAAGCCUUGAACAUGAAGGAGAACCAACGACCGAACCAGAGGAAGAACCAAACAGUGCUCAAACAACAAUUUCCACGGCCGAAUCGAACAACGAACCAGGAUCCGAACCCCAGGCAGAAGCUAAAGCAGAAUCAGAGUCGGAACAUGAAGUAGAACCCCUGACAGAAUUCGAAUCUCACCCUAAAAGGGAAGUCAAGGCUCAUUCUGAAGUAGAACCCGAGUCUGAACCCGAACCUGAACAUGAAGCAGAAUCUGAGUCAGUAUCUGAGUCACACCUUGAACCAGAACCUACUGAUCACCUUGUAGCAGGACCUGAAUCAUUGCCCGAUAGAGAACCCAAGUCUAAUCACGAAGCAGAAGACGAACCGGAACCUGAAUCAACACCCGAAGCCGAAGACGAAUCGGAACCUGAAUCAACACCCGAAGUCGAAGACGAACCGGAAAUCGAAUCUAAAUCCGAAGCAGAAGACGAACCGGAACCUGAAUCAACACCCGAAGCAGUAGACGAACCGGAAAUCGAAUCUAAAGCCGAAGCAGAAGACGAACCGGAACCUGAAUCAACACCCGAAGCCGAAGACGAACCGGAACCUGAAUCAACACCCGAAGCAGAAGACGAGCCAGAACUCGAAUCUAAAUCCGAAACAGAAGACGAACAACACAGUACCAAACCAAACACCGAAACUGAGAGUGAAUUCUCUUUUGCUUUGAAAACCACAUCAGAGGUUUCAGAAUCCGAGAAGAACAGCGAGCUAAAGGUUGGACCAACACAUAACUCUGAUGAUGAAGACGAAGGAGAAACAAGAGACGAGAAUAAUAAUGAGGAUGAUGAUUCUCUGGACGACGCUGCAGGAACAAACAAAUCAGAUCACGACAACGACCACGACAAUGCCUCGUCCGAUGCUGCUGGAGACGACACCGAGACUAGGAGUGAAUCAGCACAGCCUCUAGGGAGCCAAGAAUCGAGGGAGAUGCUAACCUUGAGGGACCUCGUUCACACUACCAUGAUGGGAAUCACAGUCGAUCAAAACAAGGAGAAAAGAGUCGUCAACGAUGACCCGUCCACGACGGAGGAGAUGAAGGGUUCGGAAGAGGUCACGAGGAAGACGUCGAAGGAAAGUGUUACUACUGAAAAGCCACUUCUGAAGGUGCCAGAGGAGGUCACGGUGACGGGGUCGCUGUCAACCAACGUCGUGAGAUUCAAUGUAUCAGGGCCAGAGGACGAGGGGAGCGGUGCUGGAAGUGACGAAGACGGCGGGGAACCGGAUGCAAAGACAUCUCAUCAGCUUCUGGUGGCCAACUAGAUGAUGUGAUAUACAGUAUAUAUAUAUAUAUAUAUAUAUAUAUAUAUAUAUAUAUAUAUAUAUAUAUAUAUAUAUAUAUAUAUAUAUAUAUAUAUAUAUAUAUAUAUAUAUAUAUAUAUAUAUAUAUAUAUAUAUGAUUUCAUAGAUGUAAGCUAUAAAUUAAUUGCCUUCUCUAUGUCAAAUUGAGAAUGCUUCUUCACCAUGUACAAAAAAAAAUGCAUGAAACAGUUAUAUCUUCAUUGUUAAUUGAACGGAAGCUCAGUUUCCACCCAUAAGGUCUCAACGUGUACCACAGGGAACCACAACACCUUUUGCUCAGUGACAUAAUUAUGAAAUAACUCCGUGACCUUCAAGAUCACAUUAAUGGAUAUUAUAUACAAGAUCAAGAUAUUAAAACAAAAAAUAAAGGCCGCAGUUGAUGAAAUAAAUCUAAACACAGAGUUAAGUUGGGUUUGUGAUCGUCGUGCGGCAACAAGACAAAUGACGUGUUUGUUGAUGUGUAAGAUGGAAGGAGGGAGACUGUGUGUAUCACGAGAGGGGUGAAGGAGGUAUACUGGAAGGUGGCGGACACAGAGAGGUUAUUGAAUAUUCGGUGGACAAUAGAGAACAUUACCAUCAACACAACCUGUACCUCACACGACGGAUGACUCUUAUUCCGUAACACGUUAUUGGUAGUGGUGAAAAGGACAAUGUCGCCUAAGAGGUUCAGUUAAGGACCAGAUAAGUGUGUGUGUAUCAGUAGCAAACAGUAUUAUCUUAUCUCGGUAUAUUCUUCGUCGACUUUUCUUUUGUGAAUGAUUUUAUGUACGUCGUAUUUCAUGGAAGUUAAUAACAGGAAGGAAGAUUUGUUUAAGCUGGUGAAAAACUUAAGCCACCUCAGGCACAUUAGACAAAAGUGUUCUCUUGUCUAAAUCAACAUAAACCUUUGCUGAUAAGAGGUGAACAGCCACAAGGAAUGUUUAACUACCUGUGCUGGCGUUGGUUCGUCUGAUGUACGAACCUAGGAGAAUAAUGUACUAGUUGGAUCCGAGGAAGGUUUUGAAUCUCCAGUGAAGGAACGACUUACUCACCAUCUGGGUAGAUGUGAUAGUGUUUUAAAGCAAUAACACCCUUAUUAUUUAUUUACCUGAUCUAAUAGACACAUUGGGGGGAAGUAGAUGUCAUACUUGUCCGUCUGUCUAUCUGUCCGUCUGUCAGUUCGCUCGUAGAUACAACCUUUUCCAAACAAUAAAUGCCGUUCUUCGCUGGGCAAUGCGAUAAAAAUUCACACACAAACUAAUCACUGCAGUACUCAUCUAGGCAUUGCAUUAGAACAUCAUAUUACACAAGUCAACAACCUCAGUUCUACUCUUGAGCAUUACGAUAGAAUUUCACCCAAAUACCUUUUACCGGUAGAGAGAGAUGUUUGUAGAUCUUGGUAGUUAUCAGGUCAGAGGUGUCAGGUCACAAUGAUUCUGUAGCAGCUGCUGUAGUUGUUUGUAUCAAGGCCCUCAGUGCUCUGGGAUGGACGAAGUUUCUUAGACUCGAGCCAGUCUCACAAAUGAAGCUAGCGGUCUCAAAAAUGAUGCUAACGAUCUUGAAAUUCUAGAAAUGUUCUCAAAAUGCCACCAUAACGAUCUCAAAGACACAGAAAUUUUACCCAAAUGAGAAAUUAUGUUUUUAUAAAUAUUGCCACAAUCAACGAAAAAAAAUACUCAGGUGUUCUAAAAAAUGGAAGCGAGUGCUGUAAAAAAGAAUACACUGCGUUCUCUAAACGAAACUACAAUCUAAACAAAACACUAAUACCAAUUUAUUUAAGAAAGUUAUCAAUGUUCUCAAGUUUAAUGAUGAAACUCGUUCUCAAAAAGACCACGAAUGUUCUCAAGAAAUAUAUGAAUUCCCUGAAAAAAAAAAAUAAA